AUGACUCCCUCUACCAGCCUGCUGCUGCUGCUCCUGCUCGGCCUCUCUCGGGCAUUUCCUGUGGAAGAGGAAGGAGCCCCAGAAGGAGAAGAAGAAGUAGAAGAAGUAGAAGAAGUAGAAGAAGUAGAAGAAGAAGAAGACACCGUCGACAUGACCACCAGGAUUCUGACCACCAACAACGGCUCCAGUGAGAACCUGCUGGAAGGAGACCUGCUGGCUCCCACAACCAGAAACGCCAUGAAGUGCUGGUCCCAGAGGUGCUUGUGGAAGAAAGUCAGGGGUACGGUGAUGGUCCCCUACGUGGUGAGCAACCAGUUCAGUCGGUAUCAGAAGAACAUGGUCACAAAAGCCAUGAAGGCUUUCGAAAGCACGACCUGCAUCCGCUUCAAGGUGCGUUCCAACGAGUACGACUUCAUCAGCAUUGAGAACCGAGCUGGAUGUUUCUCCUCUCUGGGCAGAACGGGACCUGAAGAGGUUCGCCAUGUUCAACGUCUUUAUGAAGUCCUCACCUGGACCUUUUCCUACAGACUUGAAGGAGUUCUUACAUAUGCUGAGCACCUGUUGGCUGCCUUGUCAGCUCAUCCCAAUCCAUCUCCACUGGGCUCAGGUUGGGUGAUUGUGGAGGCCGAGUGA